AUGGUCAGAGAAAUUAGUCCGAACUGUGCUCUGGAAUAUUUUCCUCCAUCUACUGAUAGCAAAGGUAUGAAAUAUGCAUCUAUUCCUAGAUUUGAGAUUAUGUUGAAUGUAGAAAAAUGGAAUAGUACAUUAAUUGGGUAUGUUCUUGGAGACAAACCUUUUUAUUCACACCUUAAAGGAUGUGUUGGCCGCCUUUGGAAAUUAACAUGUUCUCUCGAAAUAUACUCUAGAGAAAAUGGAUUUUUCUUUUUUAAAUUUGGAUCAAAUGAAGAGAUGAACAGAGUCUUGAAUGGUGGCCCUUGGUUAUUUGAUGGAAGAUUAAUCAUUCUGAAAAAAUGGACUGAGAAUUCAGGCCUUGAACGUGAACUUCUUUCUACUGUGCCAGUUUGGAUCAGGUUUCCCUCUUUGCAUCUUAAACUAUGGUCAAAUAAUAUCAUUGGGAGAAUUGCUAGUCUUGUGGGGAUCCCUCUAUAUAUUGAUCAAGCAACAGCUUCAGGUGAGAGAUUAGCCUAUGCUAGAUGUUUUGUAGAAAUUUCCUCAAAAUCCAAACUCCCAAAUUCUGUCAGAUUGGAUUUAGGAAAUGGAGAGUGGUUGGAAACAAACGUAGAGUAUGAAUGGAUACCACCAAAAUGUAACAAAUGUUUAAUUUUUGGUCAUGUUAAUUAUCAAUGUCUUGUGGUUCUAGUUGAGAAAUGGAUCCCUAAAGAAUCUUCUAUUGAAUCAGAUAGGAGUAUUAAUCCAAAACAGGAUGGAGCUCAAGAUAUAACAGUUCCAGAUGAAAAUCAAGAUUGUGUCUGCCCAAAUGAAAAUCAAGAUGAAAUUUCUAAUAAAGAGGAAGUUUCCAACUCUUUUUCUACAGGUGAUACUGCUAUGGAUGAGUAUUUUGAUGGAAAUGAUAGACAAAUAAACAAGAAUUUUGUUAUAGAGGAGGUUCUUCCACAUACUGAUGAAAUUGGUUUUAAAGUCAGAAAAAUUGAUGAAAUUAAUAUAGAUGAAGACUGUUCUGAUACUGAGAUCCAUUUGGAGAAGGAAAAGGUUACUCAAUAUGUUCUGAAUCAAGAAAAUCAAGAUAAUCAACAUUUUAAAGUGUUACCAGAUAAGAGUAACUGUGAAGAUAUCACUAAAGAGACUGCAGAUACACUAAUUCCUUCUAUGCAGAAUGAUACCUCUUAUCAAUCUGGUAAUUCAAGGCUAAACAUAAACAAUUCUGAAAAUAUUGAUGCCUUACUUGUAGGAAGUGAUAAGGAGAAGGAGUCAAAUAUUGACUUUCCAAUCUCUAUUGAUAACCCUGAAUGGUUAAGUGAAAAAAACCAGAUACAUAUGAAGAAGAAAAAUCAGUUAAAAUUGAUGAAAGAGCUAUCUUCGGGUCCUAAAAGAGUAACUAGGGCCUCCUCCAACAGUAACUCAUGA